GGAUAAAAGGGCAAAGGGGAGAGAAAGGGGACCCCAUAUGCUAAAAGGAUAUGUGCUUCCAAACAGAGCCCCAAAAAAAACUCAAAGCCGAAGGAAGAGAAACAACGAAAGAAAGAGAGAUGAUUUCCUUUUUUUUUUGCAGAAGAGAGAAUCCAAAGGACGACUUAAAUUAACCAACUCUCUCUCUAUCUCUCUCUUCUCUUUCUCUCUCUUCUCCCCCCUUUUCUUUCUUCCUCUGUUUUCUUGAUUCACUGAAACUUCUCUUCAUUUACAGCAGUUGCAGCAGAAAAACUACCCAACCCAAAGUACUCUUAAAACUGCAACUAAACUGAUAGAUAGAUAGAUAUAGAUAGAUAGCCCAACCUCAAAAAAUCAAAAGUUUGUAUACACAGAAAUUUAGAGAGAGAAAGUUCAGAUUUUUUUUUUUCUUUUUUUGGGUUUUGAUUCAACCCAAUCAAAUUCUGAGAAAGAGGGAGAAGUGGGUGUUUUUAAUAAUUUUUUUUUUUGGAUUUUGAAUUUGCUCCAAUUUAAUUUUUUUUUGGGUUCUUGUUAUUUUGCCCAAUCAAAUAAACCCUUCUUCCUCUGUUUCUUUCGCUCUUUAUCCAAUUCGAUUAUUCAAUUGAGAAGAAAGGAAGAAUUUUUGAGGAGCAAAUUAAUAAGAGUACAUUUGGUUUAAUUAUUCCGCGCUUUCUGGAUCGUUGUUAAUUGGAUUCGGAUCGGUGCGUUUAAUUGGGGGGUUGUGAUUUGAUUUAAAGGAGAGAGAAAUUGAGGAAUUUGAAGAAGUUUGGAUUUGAAUUUGAUUGGGUUGGAUUGGAAUUUGAAUUGGGUUUUUGAUUGGGUUGUUAUAAUUAUAUUGACUUGUUGCCCUCAUUGGGGCUUGAAUUAGGUUAUAGAAAUGUUGGAGGGGAGAUCUUGCUUGGUUUCGAGGGUGUUACCGAGCUCUUGUGAGCAAGAAGGGAAGUGGGGUUACAUGAAUUGUAGAGUCGGAGUCGAAGUCGAAAUCUCGAGUGGCAAACGUCGUUUGGAGAGUGAUCGUGAAGGUGAGGGUGGGUUGAGGAAGACCACUAAGGUUUGUGACACCGAGGAGGGACUCUCGAGAGCUCAAUUCGAUAGGCUUUCGUUGUCUCGAUCUCCGGUUGUUGGUCAUUCUGAUAACCAACGCCAAGUUGGUGAUCGUUCUGAUAUGGAUUGCUUGAUUAAUUCUAUUGGCCGUGACAUGACGAUUAAUUGUCUUCUUCGAUGCUCUAGGGCUGAAUAUGGUUCAAUUGCCUCUUUGAACCGGAGCUUUCGCUCUCUGGUUAAGAGUGGUGAGAUUUAUAAGUUGAGGUGGCAGCAUAAUGUGAUUGAGCAUUGGGUUUACUUCUCUUGUCGCCUCCUUGAAUGGGUGGCUUUUGAUCCAGCUAGUCGCCGCUGGAUGCAAUUGCCCAGGAUGAAUUCGAACCAAUGUUUUAUGUGUUCGGAUAAGGAGUCCUUAGCUGUUGGGACUGAGCUUCUUGUCUUUGGGAAAGACCUGAUGACCCAUGUGAUUUAUAAGUACAGCAUACUAACAAACUCUUGGUCGUCUGGGAUGAGCAUGAACUAUCCCAGAUGUUUAUUCGGGUCAGCUAGUCUUGGUGCGAUUGCUAUAUUAGCUGGUGGUUGUGAUUCUCAGGGAAACAUUCUUAGUUCUGCAGAGCUCUACAAUUCGGAGACUCAGACGUUUGAGACCCUUCCGAGCAUGAUUAAACCUAGGAAGAUGUGCUCGGGUAUAUUCAUGGACGGAAAGUUUUAUGUCAUUGGUGGUAUUGGGGGCAAUGAUGCUAGGGUUCUAACUUGUGGUGAGGAGUAUGAUCUUACCACUAGAACUUGGAUGGAGAUUCCUGACAUGUCCCCUGGAAACCGUGGGGAUGCCCCUGAGAACGGUAUGCCUGCUGCAGCUGAGGCUCCUCCACUGGUAGCCGUUGUAAAUAAUGAAUUGUACGCUGCUGAUUAUGCUGGCAUGGAGGUUAAGCGAUACAAUAAACAAACUAGGGAGUGGGCAACAGUAAAGAGACUGCCUGAAAGAGCUGGCUCAAUGAAUGGUUGGGGGCUUGCUUUCAAGGCAUGUGGUGGUCGGCUAAUUGUUAUUGGUGGACCAAGGGCACAUGGAGAAGGGAUCAUCGAGGUUAAUUCUUGGGUGCCUAGUGAGGGUGCUGCUAAUUGGGAGUUGCUUGGUACUAAGCAGUCGGGCAGUUUUGUGUAUAAUUGUGCGGUCAUGGGUUGCUGAGGAAAUUCAAAACAAUAGGGUGUUGGUGCCAUUGAUUUAUUCAUCCAAAAAUGGUGCUCUCCAAAACAAUAGAUGUUGCAAGGGUUGGUUUGUCCAUGAGCCGGAGGAAUUCGUGCUAAUGGGGUAAUUAUCUUGAUGUUUUUUUUUUCUUUUUUUUCUUUUUUCCAUUUGGCCAGGGGAGAAUACAGGGAGGAAUUAAUUUCUGAUUUUACAACCAAAGAUUCAAAUUGAAUGUUUUAGGAGGUUUUGGGGCUUCCUCCCUUUUACUUUCAUAUGAUGAAUAUUUUCUUCUUCUCAUUGAAUUCUGGGCUUCUUCCCCGUUUCUAGUAACUUCGAGAUAAAAACUUCAACAGUUUAUUGUCAUGUAGCACAGAGACAGGAAUUUUAAUAAUUUCGAGUACCAAUACAUGGGGUAGAUUUUUCACCAAUACCAUUUUUCUUUUUUUUAGCUUUCCUAAGGUUACAGAGUUUUAUUUAUUUUAUAUCAGUUUCUUGAUCUUUGAUUUUCAUGGCAUUGUCACAAAGGAGAAAAUAAGCUCCACAUUGUUUUAUGUAUCUUUUACUUCUUUUGUGCAAUUUAUGUCCUAUGUAAUUCUAUCUUCUGUAUUCUGUUUCUGAUUCGAUGCUCUCAAUCCGAAUAUUGUCUGUCAACUUGAGUUCUGAUGCUGAAUUUGUGAUCGUCUCACUUUGUA